AUGGGAGCAGGAUUCUGGGCGAAGCUGGGCCUGUUUGGGGCGGGACAUCCUGAACUGAGCUUAUUACCCAUUCAAUUUCAUCCUCUAUAAGGUGUGUGUGGGCGUAUAUGUGAGUGUGUGUGUGCAUGUCUCUCUUCUCUCUACACCUCUGACUCAUCCCUCUCUCCCCCCCAGCACAGACUUCCAGGAGUCGUCAGUGCUGGCUCGGCGCCCCCUGCUGGCCAGUGUAUGUGUGUGUUUGGUGUUAGCCGUGGGCUGUUGUUCUAUGAGGGACUGUGUGAGAGCUAAACCCUGGCUAGGGCUGUUGGCUCUGCUCUCUAUCGCCCUCUCUGGUCUCACUGCUGCUGGCAUCCUUAACCUGACUGGAACCACUUACAACUCUACCUACCUGGGGGUCCCAUUCAUACUGUUG